AUCAAACACUCAAAAGUAUUUUUAAUACAUGUGAUAGAUACAUAACGAAGUGUCAUUAUCAAAAGUUGUGAAAUAUUAUACAUUUUAUUAAACACGUGAAAAAGGAAAAAUUCAUUGACAAUGGCAGUCAGAGUACAAUUUGAAAAUAAUAAUGAAGUUGGAGUGUUUUCAAAAUUAACAAAUUCUUAUUGUAUAGUAGCCAUAGGAGGCUCUGAAAAUUUUUACAGUGUGUUUGAAGCUGAACUCGCUGAAACAGUACCCGUUGUACAUGCCUCAUUAUCCGGUUGUCGAAUUGUUGGACGAAUGUGUGUUGGAAAUAAAAAUGGUUUAUUAGUACCGAAUUCAACAACAGAUACCGAAUUACAACAUUUACGAAAUUCAUUACCCGAAUCCGUUAAAGUACAACGUGUCGAGGAAAGAUUAUCCGCGCUUGGUAAUGUUAUUGCGUGUAAUGAUUAUGUUGCGUUAGUUCAUCCAGAUUUAGAUAAAGAAACAGAAGAAAUUCUAGCCGACACACUGAAUGUAGAAGUAUUUCGACAAACAAUUGCCAGUAACGUACUUGUUGGAUCAUACUGUGUUUUAAGUAAUCAAGGUGGUUUAGUACAUCCAAAAACAACAAUUCAAGAUCAAGAAGAAUUGUCCUCAUUAUUACAAAUUCCAUUAGUGGCAGGAACUGUCAAUCGAGGUAGUGAAGUAAUUGGAGCUGGAAUGGUAGCGAACGAUUGGUGUGCAUUUUGUGGUAUGGACACAACGUCAACAGAAAUAAGUGUAUUAGAAUCUGUAUUUAGAUUAAAUGAAGCACAACCUUCAGCCAUUACAAGUAGUAUGCGAGCAUCACUUAUUGAAAGUAUGUCCUAAACAAAUUUUAACUACAAUUU